UUCGUCGGGAUCGAGAGGAAAAUUUCUAGCAGCAGCUUCUUCUACAAACAGAAUGACUUCCCCGUUGGAAAACUUGGAAAACUUUCUGGAGAUGUUUAUCGAAAAUGUACGACAGAUUCGCAUCAUCGUGAGCGACUUUCAGCCACAGGGACAGAACGUGCUGAAUCAAAAAAUUCAAUCGCUAGUUUCGGGGCUUCAGGAGAUCGAUAAGCUGAAGCACCAGAUUGAUGUGAAUGUUCCGCUGGAGGUUUUCGACUACAUCGAUCAGGGCCGUAACCCGCAACUGUACACGAAGGACUGCAUCGACAAGGCGCUGACAAAGAACGAGGAAGUGAAGGGAAAGAUCGAUUCGUACCGAAAAUUCAAGAGCAACCUGAUGAAGGAGCUCAGCGAAACGUUCCCGAUCGAGAUCAGCAAGUACAAGGCGAUCCGCGGCGAUGAAUAGUAGCGGUAACGGUACUUUCAGGCACGUUGGUGUGGCGGCAACCGUCGUGUCGUGUGUGGUGAUGUCUGAUUCUAGACCAUAAGGGACCGACAAAAACCAUUGAAUGAAACGUUGCAUCAUUAUUACAAAACAAUUCUCAAGAAACGCUUUCUUCGAUUGCCGCCGCCGCCCAAGAGCAACAUAGUUUCGAAGGUAUGCCGAUGCCCAGCGGGCAAUUGCGCGAUCAACGACCCCCGUUGAAUGACCCCCGACCCCCUGGUACACAAUCAAUCGCCCAUGGUAGCUCAAAUUGAAAUAAAAUUAUAAAAA